CUGCGAUGCAUCCUCCAACGGCAACGCACGUCAUGCAUGUCAAGCAUGUCAUCCAAACGUCCCAUCACAGCAGUCUAUGACCGGGAAGAGUUCCGUAAACAUUUCAGUAAAAUACCUGAAUCCCUCGCGGGUAUCGCCUAGCACAGGUUACCGCUCAUGACUGUUCAAUACAUCAUACCACGAACCAAAAUAAAAUGUGACAAGAUCUAUUCUACCCCCAUGCCUGACAAGGGUUGCUAAAAGAAUGGCUUCACCUUGUGAUUACAUGGGGAAAAUAAAACACAAUGGGACUAUAUCCUGCUGGAUAUGCCAGUGUCAUGGUAUCUUGUCUGGCCUCAUAGGUUCCGCACAAAGCUGAAGGAAGUGUUCUGAUAGUCCCAAAGAGCUAAGCCACAACAACCAUGUGGCAAGUCAGUAAUCGCGCUGUCGUAACAAGACUUACCACCUUGAUCCCCCAUCCUGCAUCUUUCCCUUCCCCAUGUCUACCCAACCGUCUUUAUCACCCUACAUCCGGUUAUCUACUUCAACAGCAACGCUUUCAAGACUGGGACUUCUCCUCGCAGGGAUUGUCUCGGGACUUGCCAUCGUCCAAGCAUCACGCUAUCUUUCUUCAAGAUCACGCGACAACAGGUCUACUCGCGCUGGGUACAUAUCUACCAAAGAAGACGGUCGGAAUGGAGUAAUAAAGAAAGAGGAUGAAGAUGAAGAAGAGUCUAUAGUGGAUGACGAAGAGGAAGACGAAGUAGAAGUGGAACAUGUCGCGGACCCUGUACCAGUGGAUGAAAGUCAAAAUCUUUUGACAUUGCUAUACUCUAUUGCUGAGGAUCAGGCCCGGAAAGAGGGGUACGUGCACCGAUCCAUAACAUGUAACCAUUGCGGGACGUCCCCGAUACGAGGAUAUAGAUACAAGUGCGCCAAUUGUGUCGACUAUGAUGUAUGCGAGCUUUGUGAGGCCCAGGACAUUCACUUCAAGACGCAUGUUUUCGUGAAAAUCAGGGUGCCGAUUCCGCCGUUGAUGAAUCCGCGGAGCGCAUUAUUGGGGGCAUUUUAUCCCGGCAAGGACUUUACAAGUGAGCUUCCAGCCUACGACCUGGCGGAGCUGCAACGCAUAUCACACUUCGAUAUUGUCGAACUGGAGGCCUUCCACGACCAAUUCCUCUCCCUCUCAACUGCUGAAGGCGGAAUCGACAGAGAAACGUUUGAAAGAUGUCUAGGCCCACUUGGGCUGGAAAAAAACCUGAUUAUUGAGCGGAUAUUCAUGUUUUUCGAUCGGGAUGGGAACGGAAUUAUCAACUUUGAGGAGUUGGUGAUGGGUUUAUCGGUACUCUGCAAAGGAGGUUUAGAUGAGCGAAUGAAAUGGGCCUUUAAAGGUUAUGAUUUAAAUAACGACGGGAUAAUAUCCCGUGAGGAGCUCCACCAAAUGUUCAAAGCAUAUUUUCACCUGUCCAUGGAACUAGUCCGGGAUGUGGUCAAGACCAUGGAAGAAGGAAUGAUGGAAAGCUUUGACGACGAAGCUACCAAACCUGUUUCAGCGGCUUUUGCCGCACCCGGCAGCUCUUCGUCAUCUGGGAACCAAGGCGAGGAAGAUGAAGAAGAUUCUGGGAACAAACAUGUUGGGAAAAAGGAGGUGAUGGACGUGUAUGGGAGUUUUGCUGCCGGUACCGAACGAUCUGUGUCGUAUACCUCGCCAAGUACACGGUCUCCACGCCGUCCAAGCAUCGAUAGUGCUUCCACACGUCGCACACUAUCCCUCCGGCGGUCGCUCCCGCAUCUCUCGACCUCAUCGCCACUCCGAAUGUCAUUAGAUCCCUCAUCUCCCCAUUAUCAUUCACUUGUCGGUCUUCCCUCCCCAGUUCCACAAAGCGCACAAGAAGAACAAUGGCCCGUCAUGGAAGCCAUGUCGCAAGAUGCUAUUGAGGAGAUGGUGGAAAAGACGUUUGCAUUGGCAGGAUUGGAUGACGACGAUGAGGGGCUGAGCUUCGAGGACUUUAAAAGGGUUGUGGAGGUGGAUAGUAAUUUGUUGGCAUGGUUUGAAGCUUUGGGAAGUGUAUUUUAGUUGGGAUAUAAUGAGAUUGUAUUUAUUGGCUCAACAAAUCCUUGUUGGGAUUCAGUCAAUUCAUCAGGAUUGGCCACUGCUUAAAGGCAUGGUUGCUCUAUCACGCGACAGCCGCAUAACGCUCGGCUACAUUCUUCCAGUU